AUGAAACCUUGGCAGCCUUCUAUCAUUCCUCAUCCCAAACUCCCCGACCAAGGCUUUCCUCCGACAAUGUCUGCUGCACACGCAACUCCAAUGCACUGGGCCGAGGCUGGCCCGUCCGUCCCUCCCCCCAGCUACAAUGUGGCCAUGGGUGAAACCCCUUCGUCGCGCUCCUCCAACGACCAUGAUGCCUCUGGCCAGCAUCAGUUCAACGGAUUCUCCGAGAAGAAGCAGCGAGAGCGCGAAGUUGAGCUCGAUCUUCGUCGUGCUCGUCCGGCCACCAUCGACACUGUCGAUCCCACGUAUCGCUCGCAUGCGCCAUCCACAGGCUUUUCUUUCGAUCCCAAGACAGCGCUCGCGAGGUUUGGAAGCCCCUUUGCCACGUCUCCAGACUGGUCACCCCUCCCUCAGGAUGCAUGCCUCACUCGAUUGCCUUCUUUGGAUUUGGAGCUGCGAAUCAAGAUGCGCUUUUCAAGUCCUUCCAACGAGCAGCGCAUUUCUUCGCCGCCUCCAAGCUUCCAUCGACGCGCCGUCUCCUCCAUUCCAGCCGCGAAGAUGCAGUUUGAGCCCGUCUACAUCAAGAGCGCCAACAACAAAGAGAGCAAGAAGCAGAUCCUCGCGGAUGGCUUCCAGUCAGAAUACCCUGGUCGCCUCUUGGUGCCGCGCGACGUUUCCACAGCAGACUGGGCACGCUUCUUGGACGACAUUGUUGCUGCGGGAGCACUCACAGGCAAGCAGAAGAUCGUCUCCAAUGUCGCGCCCAUCACCAUGCACAUUGGCAUCACCGGCUUUCUCGUCACCCGCGCCAUCGAGAAGGGCAUGAAGAAGCGCAAUUCACCCUUGAUUUGCGAGACCAUCGAGCUUUGGCAGCACCAAUUCUUUGGCGCACGCAACCUUGACGUCUAUGUGCUCUACAACGGUGAGCGUCUCACCGCCCGCUCGCCGAACGCUCCCAUCCCCGCAUCUACGUAUCCGACGCACCACCAGCUCCAGCGCAAGGAGACACGUGCGACUUUGGCCAGCUCCAUAUCGAGCAGCAGCAGCUCCAGCAGCGAUUCGUCCGACGACGAGGAUAGAGCUACGCCCCACACACUCGACGGUCAACGCCUCGGCAGGAAGGAGAGGAAGUUGCUUAGAAAGCAGAGGAAGGCCGAGCGCAAACAUGAGCGCAGGCUCGCCAAGAUAGAGCGCAAGCGCAGGCGCAAUGAGAAGAGGUAUGGAUGCUCGCCGUGCUCCCCACUCGCUAACCAAACUACGAGCGGUCCCGGGCCCAGGCACGGCGGCGGCAGGGGAGGUUACCUGCUCGUCAUUGCUCCGCUCCCACCUUCCACAGCCAGUCUCGCUGGGGAUGCCGCUGCAAUCAUGUGGUAG